CACAAAAACAAAACCCUAACCCUAAUCUCAGCCGGAACCAAGCACAAAACUAGUGAGAGAGAGACUCAAGAAGAGCAUUUCGUAACCCUAAAAAUCACAAACCAAAAAAGAUGGGUCGCGUUCGCACGAAGACGGUGAAGAAGUCAUCUCGUCAGGUGAUUGAGAAGUACUACUCUCGCAUGACUCUCGAUUUCCACACCAACAAGAAGAUCCUCGAGGAAGUCGCAAUCAUCCCAUCGAAGAGACUCCGUAACAAGAUCGCCGGUUUCUCAACUCAUCUCAUGAAGAGGAUUCAGAAAGGACCUGUCCGUGGUAUCUCCCUCAAGCUUCAGGAGGAAGAGCGUGAGCGCCGUAUGGACUUCGUCCCUGAUGAAUCCGCCAUUAAAACCGAUCACAUCGAGGUAGACAAGGAGACACUCGACAUGCUUGCUUCAUUGGGAAUGUCUGAAUUGCCAGGCGUUGUUAAGGUUGAUCCUAUCUCUGCUGCUCCUAUUGCUCCUUUUGGUGGAUUAGGCCGUGGAAGGAGGUACUAGACGAGUAUCGAUCAAUCAUCCCACUCAGCUUCUUUCAGAUGUCUGUGUUGGCUUCUUAGCUUCUUUUAUCUGCAAAUUUUUGUUUGUGCUUUUUUUUUUGGGUUGAAUCGGUUUAAGUUGAACCUUCUAUGCUCUAUAAGCCUUAAUGUUACUUAUUUUCUUGGAUAAAUUUCUCAACUUUGUUUUGCUAUUGCCAGAUUUUUCAUAUA